UCAUUCUCCACUGGGCUGUCGGGAAUUGUCCCAGAUGUGCUUCAAUGGGUGGGGUGGCUGAUGUGUGGCAGGGAGAAAAGUGACCUCACACUGCUCUUUCCGAAGCAUGUCAUUACUGUCUGGCAGGCAAUGGCUUCUGCAAACCCAAAUGAAGAGGAAAAGGAGAAUGAGAAUCUCAUUUAUUUUAAAGAGCUUGACAUAAAGAACUUAGAAGAUCUAUAUUCAAAGUUCCCUAUAAUAUAUCUUAAUUUUCCAAAAUUUGUUGCUGACAGCAAUGCCAGACAUGUUUCCAUACGUCAACAUCUAGGAAUAGCUUAUAAUGUUAAGAUGAGAUUGGAGGCCAGGAGAUUGAAGUCUUUUAUUCCUGGUCAUAAAUUGUCAUCUUGGGCACCAACAGAGAUGGCCAGUGCUGGGCUAUAUUUCACCGGGGUUGAUAAUAGCAUGCAAUGCUUCUGUUGUGGAAUUGUUCUUUGUUGUACCAGUUUGAAGUUACAUCCCCAUGAAGAGCAUUUACAUUUCAGCCCCUCCUGUGGCUUCAUUCAAGGCAAAGAUGUGGGAAACGUUUCUAAGUAUGAGGUUCGGGUCCAAACUUCAGAGACUGGCCAAGAGUGUCUACAAGCAUACUCAACAGAGGAGGCUAGAUUAAGCUCUUUUACCAACUGGCCAUUUUAUUCAAGGAUUCAACCUGUUCUACUUGCACGUGCAGGAUUUUAUUUUACGGGAAGAAGAGAUAUUGUCCAGUGCUUCUCCUGUGAUGGCUGCCUGGGACACUGGGAGGAAAAUGAUGACCCCUGGAAAGAACAUGCCAAGUGGUUCCCUGAGUGCGAAUUCCUCACAAGUAAAAAAACUCCCGAUGAAAUUAAAGUGCUCAAUAAUUCAUAUAAUGGAUAUCAUGGAAUCCAAGGAAAGCAUUUCCUUCCUGAUGUCAUUGAUAAUGUGCAGUCCUGUCAAUUAGGUAAUACCAGGAUGAACAUCUUCGAAGAUGAGAAUGUUCGGCUGGAGUCGUUUAAAAAAUGGCCUACAGAUUCCAAAGGAGAUCCUGCUGCUUUCGCCAGAGCAGGAUUUUUCUACACAGGAAAAUCAGGCGAAGUGAGAUGCUAUCUAUGCAGUUCAUCUGUGAAUUCUUCAGAACAUCUAUUUAUGCUAUCCAUUGAAAACCAUGUUUGUCAAUUUUUGGUGAAGAAACAGACAGAAUCCAAAGAUCUUGAAACUCAAAUUAAAGAAAACAAAGAAGGGGUCCACAAGAAAGUCAGUAGUUAUAUCGUCCAUGAUGAAUUCUGCCCUGUGGAAGCUAUGGAAUUAAGAAAAUCUUUGAUAGAAUUGUACACUGAUUUUAAAUUCAGAAAGUUAUUACCAUUUCCAGGCUCGUCUCAUGUUUCCAUUGAUUUGAACUCACACUUUGCAGAUAUCUCUGUUGAGUCUAAGACCAUCACAAACAGGGCGCUUGGUGUCCUGACAUUACCAGAUAUCCUGUCUGAGCUGACUGACAUCACCAUGAUAGAAGGCGAAACUGGCAGUGGGAAAACUGCUCUUCUUAAAAAGAUUGCCGUCCUGUGGGCAUCAGGGUCCUGCCCUAUACUCAGCAGAUUUAGUCUGGUGUUUUAUAUUUCCCUUCCUUCUAUUGGGAAUAAGCAAACUCUUAGUGACAUCAUCUGCCAACAACUGAUCGGAUCCUCAACAUCUAUAACAGAGAAGAGUCUGGGAGAAAUUAUAAAGCAGUUGAAGAACAGGGUUCUCUUCCUCCUGGAUGACUAUGGUGUGAUGGACUCACUUCCAGGGUCUAUAGAGGAGUUAAUAAAGAUGAACCACUGGAACAGAUUGACCCUGGCAGUCACAGUGAACCCUCAUAAGGGUCGGAAUCUUCGCCAAUAUGCAAGGGUCAUACUGGGCAUCCAAGACUUUCCCAUCUAUAGCUCCAUUUUUAUUUUUAAAAAUAUUUUUUCACAUGAUUUAACAAUUGUGAACAAAAUUUGUAUGGAGCUGACAACUACUGUCACGUUGCAAUUGGUUUUAAGGUCACCUCUUCUUACCUUCUGCCUAUGUGUUUUAUGGGUACAAGACCCAGCUAUAAAUGCAUCAGGGGACACAUUGGUAUGGAAGUCCUAUCUGAUGCAUGUCAUGCUGAGACACCCCACUGAAGUAGAGACAGUAAAUGCAGUUGUGUCUUCAUGUGAGGAACUUGCAAUUGAAAGCCUUUUUAAGUUGCGUUUCAAAUUCACACAUGAGGAUCUAAGAGAAUAUUCUGUGAACGUCAAUGAGGCUCUCAGAUUUAGGCUAUUGAGCAUGUUCACAUCACAGAGACUCCAUCCUGUUUUCAAGUUCUUUCACCCUUCUUUUCAAGAGUUUUUAGCUGGGAAACGAAUGAAUGAACUUUUGCAGUCUGGAGAUGUAAAAGAGAACCAGAGAGGCUUGUCAUUCCUCCAAAACAUUAAUACCAUCUCAAAAGUCACUGGACGUUUCUUCUAUUUCUUAAAGUAUACAUGUAUGCAUUCUCCUGAAACUUCUGUGAUUGUUCUCUCCCAUGUUUUCAGUUUGCUGGACAGCAGGGAAGCAUUUCAUUGUCAAAGUGACGAAAAGAUUCACCUUCAACAUCACCCUGAACUGGAUUUCAUGGAAGGUUUAUUAAAUCUACAAAGCCUCAUGCCAUUGUUUGACAUGGGGACUAAUAAUCGAGAUAGGAUUGAUAGCAUACUUGAUAUGGCUAUUAAAAUAGCUGAAGAGAGUAGCUAUCUGUCUCACUGUGUACCCAUCAUAUUGAACUUUCUCAAAGGAAAAACAAUAUCCAUUGUUUUGUCAUGGCCAAAUAGGAGACUGCUUAGAUUUCUUUAUAGAUAUCCAGAAGGACUAUGGUUAUUGGAGAGAUUGGAGAUUGUUGUACCUCCAGCUAAUAUAAGUAUUAACAUCAAUACUGAGAUUUUUAGACCUAUUGGGUCUGUGCCCGAAGUUGAUGCAGACUACUCCAAUGCAUUCAAGCUCGCGUCUGACCUGCAACAAAAGGCACGCAUGCCAUUCCUGGAUUAUUUGGGCACAAACAUUUAUGAUCUAUCAACCCUUGGCUUCAGUCCAGACAUUCAUAGAAUCCCUUUGCUAACUGUCAAAGUGCAUGGUUGUCCUGUUGAGAGCGACAAUAUCCUAGUUAAUAUUAUGUUUUUCUGCAGUAUUUCCAUUCAAGUUGGUCUGGACUUGUUCAAUUGCCCAGGAUUUCUUGAAAGUAUGUGGCCAUGCAUAGAUCUAUACAAAAGUUCUAUUAAAAGCCUCAGUAUUCGACAAACAAAGCUGUUCAUGGAGGAUCAAGAAUUGGUCACACUUCUGACUGCAUUGCAAAGUCUGAAAAUAGUUUUAAUGCCACCACCAGAAUUUGUACUUUCAAACAUACACUCUUUCAAAGAGCUGAAAGAACUAGUGGUGGACUGUCCCAUAGAUGACAAUAAGUGGGAAAUCAUUGAUGUUUUAUCAGAUGAAUUUAAAAGCCUACACAAUAUGGAAAAAAUUGUGUUUAAGAAUAUUAGGAUGGAAAGACAGGCAGACAGAUUAGCCAAUUUUAUUGAGAAUUUUCGUAAUCUGAUCUCUUUUACAUUGAAAUGUAAAUUCUGUCCCGGGUUGAAGAAUAUUGUUGAUUCAUUAUCUCGAUGUGGAAAAAUGCAGGAGCUGAGAUUUCUGGAACUUGCACUUUAUGACUUGGAAAUUAUCCAUCUGGCUUCUGCAUUAUCCUCAUUUACAAAUCUCAAGAUUUUGGAAAUAGAAUUUUAUUACUCUGUAAAAGUUGAAGCAACAAAAAAGUUUGCUGAAGGUUUAGCCUAUCUGGAACAGCUUGAAGAAUUUACAUUUCCGGGUGGAUCCGCUGUUAAAGAAAAUAUAUCCCAUUUCAUUCAGGCACUUCAGCAUAUGCCCAACCUCAGAACUCUCACCAUACAGUGCAGAUUAUUGAAUGAUAGCAGCCUGCUGGAGUUAGCCAAAAUAACAGCUGACGGCCAUCUGAGAAACCUGCAGAAGGUAGACCUCAGUCAUAAUCCCGACAUCACACAGUCUGGAUGGAGAGACUUCUUUCUUCUACUAGAUAAUCUGCCAAAAUUGACUGAUCUUAAUAUUUCCAGAUUCAUUUCUCAAUACUACAUAACAGACCCUGUGACCUUUAUUGCUUUAACUCACUGUGUGUCUCGACUUCACAGCCUAAAUGUCUUGUCAAUGUUUGGCUGGCUGCUCGAUGAUAAAGAUAUUGAAAUGUUUGAUUCAAUGAAAAUGAAGCAUCCACAAUCAAAGUGGUUUAACCUAUUUUGGAAAUGGACACUGCCAUUCCCUCCAGUAGUCACUAGAUGACAAUUGUAUAACCAGGGGUGGAUUUAUCUACAAUAACCAAAAAUACUCAACUCCCAUUGUAAAUUGGGUUUAUCUGCAAAAUUAAUCAACUUUCAGCAGUUUUCUGUAUAUAAAAAAGAACCAUUUAAAUUGUUCAGCACCAUUAAUGUAAAACAUGGUUUCUACAAAUCCAAUACAAAAUAACAAUAUUAAUGUCUAUUAUAGUCUCAGAAUUAUUUAACUCCUUCAUGGCGAGGAUAAAGCACAUUUUUGCUGUUAUGACCUAGUAUAAAUGUGAUGUAUAGCCAGAAAUCUGCUUGUAACAGCUCUCCUGAGGAAUCUUAGACCAUAUCUUAUGGGCAAUGGACCCAGGUUAAAGGGUAACUAUCAUUAGAAAACACUGUGCUGCUCCAAGCGCCAUGACCUUUCCCUUCUGUUCUGCUCAGCUAAAUGAGAGCUAUAUGGAAUUGCAGGAGUUCGAUAGACUUAUUUUGCAAUUCCAUAUGCUGCUCACUUUAGUGAAAGGUCAUGGCACUUGAAAUGACAUUUUAAAUGAAAGUUACCCUUUAACUAAUGUUCUUGGGUUUGUGUGCCGCAAUCACCUUCUUCAAAUCCCACCAACUGGUGCCCAAGCUUCAGCUUCCUCACAGAAAGAAUGACAUUGUGUGGUGUCUACGGGGGUCACCACAAUUGUCUCCUAGGAUUUUGUGAUACAUGACUGAAUCCAUCUUUCCUCCACAUGCUGCAGGUUUCCAGGGCCAGCGAAAGCAAAGCCCCAAAGCAGCCCUAGGGCAUCAUCGAGCCACCGCAAUGCUUCUCUGUAGACACUGUGCUCUAUUCAUCAUGAGCUUUGUUCUUCCUAUCCAGGCACAAGCACAAGAAAAGUCGGCUCGGAUAUGCUCAAAACCAUAUUACAUAUAGUUACAUAGUUAGUAUGGUUGAUAAAAGACAUUUGUACAUCAUGUUCAACCAAGGAGUUGAAGAGAAGGGAUAUGGUUGGAUGAAGGGGAAGGGAUGUGAGUUUAGAUUUCCUCAUAAGCAUUAAUGUUAUUUUGUUCUAAGACUCUUAUCUAACCCUGUUUUGAAGCUUUUAACUGUUCCUGCUGUGACCAGUUCCUGAGGUAGAUUGUUCCAUAAAUUCACAGUUCUUAGGGUAAAGAACGAUUGUUGCCCCUUGAGACUAAACCUUUUCUUCUCCAGACGGAGGGAGUGCCCCCUCGUCCUUUGAGGGGGUUUAACCUGAAACAGUUUUUCCCCAUAUUUUUUGUAUAGGCCAUUUAAAUACAUUAAUCAUAUCGCCCCUUAAACGUCUCUUCUCAAGACUAAACAAAUGUAAUUCUUUUAAUCUUUCCUAAUAGGUAAGAUGUUCCAUACCCCUUAUUAGUUUAGUCACCCUUUUCAGCUCCACAACAUCCCUUUUAUCAACUGGUGCCCAAAACUGAACAACAUAUUUCAGGUGAGGCCAUACCAAUGCUUUAUAAACGGGUAUCGCGUAACUUAUACACAUCCUCUAUAGACUGUACUGUGCUACAAAGCUUGAUGUCAUCUGCAAAGAUAGAAACAGAGCUGUUAAUGCCAUCCUCUAUAUCAUUAAUAAAUAAAUUAAACAAGAGCAGGCCCAGUACUGAACCUUGGGGUACACCACUAAUAACCGGGGACCAAUCAGAGGUAUGAAUCAUUGACUACCACAUAAAGGCACAAAAGUUAUGGAAAUCUGUUCAGUGGAGUAAUUAAACAAAACUGGAACUUUUUGGGCCAGUGGAUCAGCAGUAUGUCUGGAGAAAAAUUAACCAUACAUUGUCUACCCUGCCUACAGUGAAGCAUGGUGGUGUCUCAGUGAUCCGCUGGGGCUUCUUUGCUUCCUCUGGAAACCUGCAGUAUGUGAAAGACAAAAAGAAUUCAACCAAGAAUGAAAAAACCCUAGGAGAAAACCUCUGGGGAAGCUAAGCUUGGGCAUCAUUAGACCUUUUAACAGGACAGUGUUCCAAAGCAUACCUCAAAGUCUACCAAGGCUUGGUUUUAAAAGAAGUCCUGGAAGAUUUAUGACUUGAACCCCAUAGAGAAUCUUUAGUGGAAUUUAAAGAAGCCUGUUGCAGGUGUACACAUUGAACACAGUGGUAUAAUAUUAUAUAACAUUUUUUGGUAAUUUUUCUAGCCUGCACUUUCUCCCUUAUGCCAGUUUUAAUUGCUCAGAAUGUACGAUAUUUAAUAAA